CUACACAUACACAAAGGCAUUCUGGCCAAUUGGAACGUGGAAACGUGUUCCUCCAGUGGACAAUAUAAAAAGAAAUGCUUGAUUUUCCAAGGGUGCCAGUCAAUUUCCAGUGUGCCAGGUGAUAAAAAUACCUUACCGACUAUUCAGAGAUGAUGAAGACUGACUGUGUUGCAUUCCUGCUCCUUUUGGGCGUUGUGGCAAUUGCCGGACAGAAGGUUGAUCCUCGGGAGGCGAAGUGCCUCAUCUGCAAGGCCACGCUGGUCGAGAUGGACAAGGCUAUAAGUAAAGUGGAUCCCAGGAAGAAGGCAGAAGUGGGGAACUUCCGGAUAGAUGCCACUGGGGAUUCAGGAGCCAAGAAGAUGGUGCCUCUGGUGAAGUCUGAGAUGUACUUGACGGAAUUGAUGGAGGAGAUCUGCGAGAGCAUGGAUGAUUACGCCAAGGCGAGAUUCAAGAAAGACGGCAAGUUUACCAUCCUCAAAUUCAUCGAAGACGGAGGCAUGAAUCCACUGGUAAGCGAGGUGGACUUCGUUCAGGAUGGCGAUCUCAACAAGAGCCUGAAGCACUACUGUCUCGAGGUUCUGGAGGACUACGAGGUGGAUAUCCUGAAGAUCUACAUGGCUGAUGAGCCUGUCAAGGAUGCCGAUUACAAGGUCUGCACGCACGCCGCGCGCUAUUGCGAAGAUCCGGCGCCUCAGGAAGAGUACACAAUGGAGGAAGAUGAAGAAUCCGAGCGUGAGGAACUGUGAAGAGUCCAAGAGUGUCUUUUUCUAUUCAACAAUAAAGGUGUGUUUUCUCAAAAAUAA